ACGCCAUCCAGUUGUACGAAAUUAAAAUCAAAGGCGAAUCCAACAGUUCUGGAUUCUACUCUCCUGAGGAGGGAAUACCUCUCGUAAAACAGGGAGGCUUUGCAUUCCAUGUAGAAACGAGCACAGCUUAUCCAAUUAUCGAGAGAACAUUCAGAAAUGAAGAAAUUUGUGACCUUGAAGAAGUUCAGAUGUACAGAACGCAGCCUAUGCAUACGAAUUUGCAGAAAAACUCUCCUUUUAGAGAGAUGAUGAAUUUUUGCAUGUUCAAAUUGAUGGAAAAUGGCAAUAUGGAUCGUCUUCGAAAAUACUGGGAUGCAAGGAAACCUAUCUGCAUUCAAGCGGCUAAGAAAAAAGAGAUUCACGUCAAUUUGAAAGAAUUUUCGUGCGGCUUAAUUGCUCUCUGUUAUGGUGUUUGUUUUUCUUUAGUAUUUAUGUUAAUUGAACUUGUGAUGUACUCACAUGUAUGGAUAGCCAUCAAGCAUAUGUUCAGGGGAACGUUUGGUUAUCUCUAUCCUUAUACUGAUUGA